UUCAACAGCUUUCAGAAGCAAUAAUAGUUAGUCUGACACCUCGGUAGCUUGCUAGACAAAAAAGCUGAACCAAUAAAGCUCUUUAAACGCUUUCGUGUUUAUUAGCUGCUGUUUAAACCCACGUUUGUCGUCUAGUUAGUUAUCCGAUUUGAUUUCAUAUUUACGGUAUUGUUAUUAGUCAGCGAGCGGUCUGGUUACGUUAGCAUUAGCCUAGCUAACAUCUCCGACCAUGCGGUCACUAAGCUGCUAUCCUGCUAAAGAAGAGGGAGAUAUCACAGUAAAACAAGAAGUAGAGGAUGAGGCCUUUACUGUAAAAGAAGAGGAAGACGCGUUCAGAGUGUUAGAGGAGGAUGUUAAAGUAAAAGAAGAGGAUUGUGCAGUUUAUGGCGUGAAAGAGGAGGAGGAGAUGACUCUUACAUCGAAAAAGGAGGAGGAAGAAGAGGAUGAAACUGGAUAUCUGGGCCCUGUUUCCCAAACGCAUCUUAAGGCAUCCAAUGGUUCUAACGAUGAAUUUAGCCAUAAGAUGGUUUUGAGAAACCGUUCCCUGAUUAACACUAGAGAGAUACGGGACUAUCGUGGAUCCUCUGGGGAGCCUCAACAACUUCAUGAUGCUGACGAGGCAAAGAGUCUCUCCAGAUCAGAACACCUCAAUAAACACCUGCAGAGAUCCACGGGGAAGAGAACUCACUGCUUCUCUGACUGUGGGAACAGAUUCACCUCAUCAGACAUUAACAUUCAUCAGAGAGUCCACACAGGAGAGAAACCUUAUAGCUGUGGUCAAUGUGGGAAGAGGUUUACUCAGUCAACCGGCCUGAUAUCACACCAGAGAAUACACACCGGAGAUAAACCUUAUAGCUGUGUUCAAUGUGGCCAUCUGACAUCACACAAGAGAACACACACAGAAGAGAAACGAUAUAGCUGUGAUCAGUGUGGGAAGAGUUUUACUGAGUCUGGGGCUGUGACUAAUCACCAGAGAACACACACAGGAGAGAAAUCUUAUAGGUGUGAUCAAUGUGGGAAGAGUUUUGCUACAUCUGGUCGUCUGACUUUACACCAGAGGAUACACACAGGAGAGAAAUCUUAUAGCUGUGAUCAAUGUGGGAAGAGAUUUGCUGCAUCAAGCUAUCUGACUCUACACCAGAGAACACACACAGGAGAGAAACCUUAUGCCUGUGAUCAAUGUGGGAAGAGUUUUACUCAGUCAACCAACCUGAUAUCACACCAGAGAACACACACAGGAGAGAAACCUUAUGGCUGUGAUCAAUGUGGGAAGAGUUUUACUCAGUCAACAAACCUGAUAUCACACCAGAGAAUGCACACCGGAGAGAAACCUUAUAGCUGUGGUCAAUGUGGAAAGAGUUUUACUACAUCUAGCUAUCUGACUCUACACCAGAGAAUACACACAGGAGAGAAACCUUAUGGCUGUGGUCAAUGUGGAAAGAGUUUUGCUACAUCUAGCUAUCUGACUCUACACCAGAGAAUACACACAGGAGAGAAACCUUAUAGCUGUGUUCAAUGUGAGAAGAGUUUUGGUCGAUCUGGCCAUCUGACAUCACACCAGAGAACACACACAGGAGAGAAACCAUAUAGCUGUGAUCAGUGUGGGAAGAGUUUUACUGAGUCUGGGGGUCUGACUAAACACCAGAGAACACACACAGGAAAUAAACCUUAUAGCUGUGAUGAAUGUGGAAAGAGUUUUACUACAUCGACCCAUCUUAUUACACACCAGAGAACACACACAGGAGAGAAACCUCAUAGCUGUGAUCAAUGUGACAAGAGAUACUCUGAUAAAAGACAUCUGAUCAAACAUCAGAAAAAACAUACAUGAGGGAGUUGUUUCAUGAUAUCAAUUAAAUAACCCACUGAGCAAAAUGUAAUUGAAAAGAGGUUGAAAAUAAGACUAAGUCCGAAGUCCAAUAUACAUUCUGUUGAAAUUGAAAGUUGAGAAGAUGUUUUUCUGGUCAUUUAACUUAAUUUUAAUGUACUUGCAGCCUAUACACAUGGACGCAGAAUAAUAAAUUAGUCUAUAAUCAAUAUUAAUAACAAUCUUACAUCACUCCAGUAUUUCUUGACAACAUUCAAGUGCUAAUUGUCUUUAUUCCACUACUGAAGAGAAGCAUGACUCAAAUCUCCUACUCAUAUUUCAAACAUUCAGCCUGACAAAAUAUACAUGUUUUAUUAUUCCAUGCCUCACCACUAAGUGAAUUAUUCCCAAUAUAUAUUAACAAAGGAGUGUACAUUUGGUUUUGAUAAUUCAUAUUUCCAAUUCAUGUAACAUUUAGUAAUCAUCAUUAUUUAUGCAACCAACUGACACUUUUUGGCUACAAUUAUAUUGACAUACUUGCCCUGCUUUUAAAAUAUCAGAGUUAAUUCUCAGAUGUGCCAACCCAAAUGUACUAUAGCAUGACAUUGGGGACCCGGCCCUGAUCCAACAACAUGCCUAUCUUGUGAACCCUGAAAAGAGAGAGAAGCUCUGUAGUGAGGUGGAAAGUUACUACGGAUAUUGCAGGAGUUUCCUCUUGAAAUCAGACAUGUCCGUGGUAAGGACAACUUGGUUGCUGAUUAUUGUCUCAAGGUUGGGAAGUCAAAAAUAGUGUUUUUCAUUUAACCAGUACCAUGGAUCACAAUUUAUUUUGACACGUUUUUCCGUGUUGGAGAUGAGUUUUAUCUCUUAUUCUUUUCUGUAUUUUGUUGAAACUGAACUGUUGGUGAGGGGGUCGUAAGUAAGCAUUUCACUGUAAGGUCUACACCUGUUGUAUUCAGCACAUGUGAUUUGAGUUUAUUUUGGGUUCCUUCCAAGGGGACGAUAGUUCUAGAAGCUAGUGAGUUUUAGGAUUCUAUUCAACAAAAAAGGAGAAAAGAUACGAUUGUAUAAUAUUAUUUAGAAAUGCGUGUUUUUUCCUUGUUUUUAGUUGUUGACAGCCAGUAGACACCAUGUUGAUAUUGAUGAAAGUAAAGCAUUGUAGUUGAUUAUAAUGUGAAAUGGAAGUUGUUUUCUUGUCAGUUGUUCAACUGAAAUGUGUCAAAGGCACACCGAUUGGUGUCACCCCGUUAGUCAGUAUGUGUUACACCUGUGCUGGCUUGUCCAUCUCGUUAGUGGGAAGGUGUUUCACCUGAGCUGGUCCAAGUUCUAUUUAAGAGUGUCUGGCCCAGUGCUCCAGUUGUCUUGAUAGAUGUGGAGAGGCAGCACCUUUCGUUGCGCCACCUUUUUGGUUUAAAGAUGUUUUUCAUUUCAGGUUG